CAACCACCCAGUCAUCAAGCUCAGCCAUCCUCGGCGUCGUCUUAUAACAAUAUCCAGUCCGAACAAAGAACUCUCCUCGCUUAUUAUUCCUAUUCAUCCUCUCUACAUCACCUAUUCUACUCCGUCCUCUCAUCUGUCAACGUCACUUCCCAAAUUUCUCUCUGUCUGCGACGCUGCGACUCCCAUCCGGCCCAGGAACAACUCUGCCCAGGAUCUUCAAUAUUUAGAUCACACGAUGGGUAUCCUCCGUCGAGAUGUCUGUUACGACUACAAUUGGUUCGACAACGGCGAUGCCUACGAUUGCUCGUCCCCCUGGCACGACUGGGGUCGCUGGGUUGCUCUUGGUGUCAUCGUCGGCAUCGCGAUUCUAGCUGCCUUCAUUGUUGCAUUUCUCAACGCCCGUCGCCGCCGUCGGUUGGGAUACCAGCCUUAUCCUGGCACUUCCUGGAUGGCUCCGCAAGCUCCUGUGCAGUAUACUGCCAACCCGCCGCCGCCCCCUUACGGUUACUAUGGUGGUCAACAGCAAGGGAUCGAGUUACAGUCACCCCAGAAUGUAUAUCAACCUCCUUCAGGGCCCCCUCCAAAAUAUGCGAUGCCGUGACCCAUGCUGGCUGGAUAAUACGUUGCUAUGGCCCAACGUCUUGGGCGUCUUGAGAGGAGCUCAGUCUCCAAACGGAUAAUUUCCCUUAAUUAAUUUUCUUACGAUUUACCAACGACUCGGAUUGCAUCACAAGUACUUGGGGUUUGGCGUGUUUUCCUUUUCUCGUUUCUCGUUUCUCGAAUAAGAUGAAAAUUCUAUCAGCGGAUCGUUCUCUGCUCUGCGCUGCGGAUUACUUCACAUGUUCCCGGGUUAUGUUGCGUAAUGAACGGUCUUACUGGUUUUCUCGAGAGUCUCGGACAAUCUAGAUUAGAUAUUCAAUCACCCUGUGAAUGCAGGCGAUCUGAUCAAGUCCCCAGGGAUCUCGCGUAUUAGCGAAUAGCUGACUGCAUGAAGAACAAACCACUUCAGUUAAGGAUCAUCAGACCAUUUUAUUAAAGGAACGGUAUGGAUGAUUAAUUAAUGGCUGCUUAUUAUGGGCAACAUCCCCUCUUCUCUGCUGAGGGUCUGCAACGGUCGGCUGUUACAGCCCUGCUAGAAUAAACUCUCUUUACUCCAUAUUUUUGCCCUGAAUUGGGUUUCAAACCAA